CGUCAUGAACAGAAACAAUUUUUCAAUAAGCGAGUGAUAAAAAUUGUGUUAAAGAAAUUUCACGGACUUUGUAUUAUAUAAAUUACCUAAGAUGUGCCCACUAUGAACUGAAAUGAGUCCCUUUGCUAGUACGAAGUGAAUGUGGUGCUGAAUUAUCUUUAAAUAUGGAACUGUCGGGUUCGGGGAAAUCCCCAAACGCCUCGUUGUCCUUUAGAUACAAUGCUAACAAUGAGGAACUGGAAGAGUUAUACCACAUGUGUGAUGAUGAUCCCCCUACACCCCAAAAUGACCCUCCAAGUAGUCAGAACGAAACCGCGAGUCCGAAAAAAGCGGAUAAAAGCUCAUCUAUACUAGACAAAUAUUUCAAAUCAAUGAGAACUGAAAAACCGUCAGAUAAAGAAAAUGAUGAUCCAAAAUCUGAGCCCAAACCUGCAGAGGACACUAAACCAGCAGUUCCUCCCAAAGAAGUAACAUCAUCUCCUAUGAAAGAGUAUUUAAACCGUUUAGGCAAGAGGACUACUACUUCGGAAGGCUCCAUUGAUGCUAAGGAAAGCUCCAAUGAAACGUGGAAGAUCUUCCAUGACUUUAAGUUCAAAAUAGCACAAGCCGUUGAGGAUAUUAAAACUCGUUCUGUAGAAGAAACAAAAGAAAAAUCAGUGCCAAGAGAGAAUUCUACGUCAGAUUCAGAAGAAAACUCUGCCAUCAAAGACUCUGAUCAACAAAGCAUUGGAGAUACUGACAACCAGGUAUCAUCUCUUCACAGUAGCAUUCAGAAUCUGUCGGAAAUCACGCAGCCGGUCACGGCCAAGCCUACCGACCGUGAGUCGAGUCUUCCUUUAGAAAAAAAUAAUUCCGAAUCCAGUGAGGAUACACAUAAGAACUUAGCCAGUGAAUCAGAAAACGGUACGGGAGAUUUACUAGACGACAGCAGUAUGUUAGAAGUGGAGUCUGGUGUUGAAGCCCUGGAGGACACCAACAUCGACGCGCUCGGAGAUGUCAACCUGUACAAGGACUCUGGGGACAAGGACCCUCCCGUCCUGAACAUCCUCCCAUGUACCGUACAGAGGUCAAUCACCCCCACAAAUUUCGGAUCCCCACCAAGCAAAAAUAAUAUAACAACAGAAACUCCUAGGCACUACUUCUUUAAUUUCACAAUGUAUAUUCUUACUUUUUUACUAAUUGUUAACUACCUUCUAUUCCCUAACUCCCACGCCUGGAAUGGGUUCCUGCUCGGCGUAUGGACGUUUACGUUUGCAAGCAAUUUGAAGCAAUGGUUUCUAGCCACUUAUUUUAGCACUGACAAGGAGCCUAGAGCGAGCUUUUUUCAGUUUAAGCGCAGCAGUGCUGUACCGUACACGUACAGUAUUCCUAAUGUUAAGGAGCAUAGGCCAAUAAAGAAACAUGAGGGGUGGAUAAACCAUUAUAGGUUUCAUGAGUAUGAUGCUUACACGUAUCACAUCAACAAAACAACAACCGCAUUUAUGAAAUUAGAAGGCUGCAAUUUAAGGAUAUCUUACACAAAGACGAAAAUAGCGAAAAGAGCGCUGUGGGACGAAAAAAUAGAUAAAGUUGUUUUCUACCAGCAUAGAUUGUAUAAUUUAACUGGAGCUAAAGUAUUCCUGUUGCCAAAUGGACUUGUCAGCAAAAGACAAUGGAGCAAAAAAUAUCCAAUAUGUAUCAUACUAAAUGAAAAUGAGACUAUACAAGUACUCGAGAAGGAAAAUCUGCCUGACAAAAAACCUGGCGAAGCGCCAGAGAGUAAGAAGAAAGAACAAGAGUCAGAAACCACCGAAACUAAUACCAGCCCGGAAAAGAAAAAGAGAUUUGUAUGGAGAAAAAAAGAAAAAAGCCUUUCACAAGAUGGUGAGACGCCUGGGAGAGAAGGUCUACGACAUCGGCUCGUCAGAAAAAUGCAUCGAGACAAAAAACCGGAUAACGUGUCCACCACCACAGAGCCAGACAGCCAAACGGAAAAGACUUUACAAGAGGAACUGAACGACGAGGACCUGACUAGUGCGCCCGCCAACGGCAAAGACGAAGUCCUCGACGAAGAUUUGGACGAGACCGAGAUCUCCCGACUGAAGGAGUUUUUGGACGAAACUGAGCCAGAGACUGUAGAGGGCGCUGCGGAGGGGGAGUGGAGCCUGCACGUGAAGCACUCCAAAGACAAGCACUCGCGGCUGUUCCUGUUCGCGAGGACAGGUCGCGACAAGCUCGAGUGGUUCCGACGAAUACACCAGGCUAUAGCGGAGGCGAAUCCGUCGCUCGAGUCUUCCGUCGCCGAGGACAAGAGUACGAGCGAUCUCGCGCCCGACACCAAGGAAGGCAUAGAGAUGGCCGUCUACAAAGUUUCUGAGAAAGACGCUGUCUCCUUCCCGAAACCCAAUAACAAAGCUAAUCCAGUGCCGUCGGAAAUACCUACUAACGUUACGGAUUGGAGCUCGUAUGAGAAAACGUUUUGGCCUUAUCUAAUAAAAAUCAUGCAGACGCACGAGGAAAGUACGAGGCAGAAGGUCGACACCGGGGUCACCUGCGAUCUCGACCCCACGCCGGUAGAGGCCAAAAACAAAACCAAGAAGAAACGAAAAACCGAUCCUAAAUCAGCUCCGUCCGUGUGCGAGUGCCGAGUGCUGCCCGCCGAGGUGUCGUGGGUGAACACGGUGCUCGCGCGAGUCAUGUACGACGUCAUGAGGGACCCGCACAUCAUGAUGCGGGUGCAGAAUAGGAUACAGAGGAAACUUAACACACUUAAACUACCAUCGUUCAUGUCGCCGCUGGUGGUGACGGAGCUGUCACUGGCGGGCGCGUGUCCGCUCGUAGAGCGUGUGAGCGGCGCGGCGUGGGACGAGCGCGGCGUGUGGCUGGACGCAGACCUGCGGUACGACGGUGGCGCCACCAUCACCAUCCUCACCAACAUCAACCUCAUGAAGCUCAAGGAGAAGAACCUAACAUUGGAAGAAAAGCUCUUGCUUACAGAAGAGCACGUAGUGGAGAACGAUCUUAUAAUUUCGGGGGCCGGAAUGUUCUCCGAAAAGCAGCUACGGAAACGCAAGCCCGCCAUAUUCGACAGCGAGGUGGAAGACUCGGCGGAAUCUUCCAGUGACGACGAGAGCCCGCCCGUGCAGCCCGUCGACAGCAACGAGGCGAUACAAACGCAGGAACUUGCAUCGGCGACGCCAGAGAGCGGUUCGUCGAAAAAGAAGUUCCUGAGAAUGGUUGAUAAGAUAUCUACAAAUAAAUACUUUCAGCAGGUAACCGACUUCAAAUACGUGAAACGAGCUAUGGAGGGCCUGUCGAACACGGACAUCAAGCUACAAGUGGAGAUCCAAGGGUUAGAGGGGCGGCUAGCUCUGAACCUGCCGCCGCCGCCACACGACAGAUUGUGGCUUGGUUUCCGCACGAACCCGCAGCUGGUGCUGAAGGCGCGGCCGGCGGUGGGCGCGCGCACGCUCCGCUUCGCGCACAUCUCCAACUGGAUCGAGCACAAGCUCAGCAAGGAGUUCGAGAAGGUGCUCGUGCUGCCCAACAUGGAGGACAUCGCCGUCGACGUCAUGACCCCCACGCCGGCAUUCGCUGAACACACUUAGGAUCCCUGGUGCGUAUACAA